UGGCGGCCCCUACGCAUACUACGCAUGACCCCCCGCCGAUCCGCCCUCCGCCUCCCUGCAUGGCCUCCCCAAAGACGACGACGACGACGAAAAAAACAACGACUACUACGAUUUUUAUUUUCUGACGAUUGCAACGAUCAAUUCCUGUCCCUAACGACACUGUUGCCGGCGCUGCCGCAGCCACACUCACUACUACGACCAUCACUACCAUUACUAAUACGACCACGACCACGACCACGACCACGCCAUAGCAGUAACGACAAUCUCCACUCCCACCUCUGCCAUGGACCCCUCCCACUCCGGCUUCUACGUCGGCGGCACUCCCAUGAUGAAUGCCCAGCCGCCGCGCAUCUUUGGCAGUGGCACCUUUGACGCCUCGCAAAUGCCCUCCGGCAACAUGUUUGCCCACGACGACUUGGAUGACCACAAUGAUGGAGGCGAUGCCAAAAGGCGCCGGAUUGCACGGGCAUGCGACAUGUGUCGCAAGAAGAAGAUCAAGUGUGAUGGCAAGAUGCCUUCGUGUACACAUUGCCAAAACUACAAGACCGAGUGCAUAUUCACCCAGGUCGAGAAGAAGCGACAGCCGCCAAAGGGCGCCAAGUACAUCGAGGGUCUCGAGAACCGCCUCGCGCGCAUGGAGUCGCUCAUGCGCCUCUCCGGUGUCCUCCCCGAAGACGACGAUGGCAGCACAGACCUAGCCACCCUCGAGAAGCGUCUCGAGGCACGCGCUGGACAGUCGGCUACCCCCAGAACAAGCAGCAUCCACGAGCGGAGACCCUCCGUAGCACCCCACUCCGCCCCAUCAACAGCCGACAAUGCACCCACACACCCAGCCCUACCCAGCCCUUCGAGUGGAACUGCUUCUCCCAGUCCCGACGAUCAACCUGCCGAGGCCAAGGACAGAGAUGAGGAUGCCCUGGCCGAGAUGAUGUGCUCCUUAGUCACAAACAACUGCGGCGAGACAAGAUAUAUUGGUUCUUCAUCCGGCUUCUCCAUCUUCUCGCCCAAGGGUAUCCAAUGGGUCAACGACAAGACGGGCGACAACUCGUUCCGUGACAUGAUCUCCACAGCUGCUGUCGAGGACAACAAGUGGAUACAAUGGCGACCAGACGUCUUCCAGGACAUUUUCAAACGGCGCGUCUACAAGCAGUUACCGCCCAAGCACGAAGCCUUGUCCCUGCUCAAGGAUUACUUUGAAAACUUCAACUGCAUGUUUCCUCUAUUUCACGAACCCACCUUUAUGCACCUGGUCGACAAACACUACUCCAAAGACCCUUACGAAGGCUCCGGCUGGUGGGCAAGUUUGAACGUAGCCUUGGCUUUCGCCCAUCGACUACGCGUAAUGAGCAAUCUCGUGCCGGCAGAGGAGGAUGAAAAGGCUUGGCAAUAUCUCAAGAACGCAAUGAGCGUCAUGGUCGAGCUCACCAUGCGCAACACUGACUUGCUUAGCGUGCAAGCUUUAUUGGGAGUGGGUCUCUUUUUGCUGGGCACACCUAAUCCCCAACCCACCUAUUUCUUCGUCGCGACUGCCAUGCGGCUGGCACACAGCAUUGGUCUCCAUAAGAAGGGCGCCAAUUUUAGCCUCAAUGCCGCAGAAGUUGAGCAGCGAAGGCGUGUCUUCUGGAUUGCCUAUAUGCUUGACAAAGACAUUUGUCUGCGCUCUGGGAGACCGCCAGUGCAAGAUGAUGAUGACAUGAAUGUCGAGCUACCAAGCGAGACACCACCCGAUAACAUUGGCAAUAUCCCACUUGCUGACGGUAAGGGCACCAUGAACCUCUUCCGUCUCAUGUGUACUUUUGCCGUAAUCCAAAGCAAAGUCUACAAGGGACUCUACUCAGUCAAGGCUUCCAAGCAGACCGACGGCGAACUUCUCAACACCAUUGGCGAGUUGGACAAAGAGCUCGAAGCCUGGAAAGACGACAUACCCCUCGAGUUCCGCCCAGAACACGACAUUAAAGCAUCGCACACGCCCCUCAUCCUCCAGGUUGCCGUGCUACAUCUCGGCUACUACAACUGUUUAACUACUAUCCACCGUAUGAGUGUCCACCACGGAUAUUGGACCAGCCGACUCUCGAACUUUGCCAUUCAAGGUUUGAAUGCACGACCACUGAACCCCAGGGUCUUCAUGUCGGCCCAGCUCUGUGUACAGGCUGCUCGUGCGUCUAUUCACUUGCUCAAGUACAUACCAAAGGGCGAUUUGUCAUGUGUUUGGCUAGUAAUCUACUUCCCCGUCACCGCACUCGUCACGCUCUUCGCAAAUAUUCUCCAAAAUCCCCAGGAUUCCCGGUCGCGAUCCGAUCUCAAACUCAUGAAGUUGGUUGUCAACUUCUUGAAUAUGCUCAAUGACGAACAAGGAAGUGGCAGUGUGAAGCGCAUGUGUACCGUUUGCGGCGAAUUUGAACGAAUUGCAGCUACGGUGUUAGAAAAAGCUGAUCAUGAGCAUGCAUCGCGGCGGAAGAGGAAGCAAGGCGACAGCGAACAGGAUGCACAAAUCGAAGCCACAGCUGCCGAGCUACUAUCCACUGGCCGUAAUAACCACUCAUCACCGCAACAGGCAACCACACCGCAAAACACCAAUGGAUCUGAGGGCCUAAUCUUUAACCCGGACUUCCACGGCUUUAAUGAGCCAUUUCCCUUCUCGCCAAACUUCACCCAUGCAUCAUUGCAGCCCAACGUCCAAAUGAGCCAGUAUGGCUCGCCUGGCAUUACCGCACAAAUGUUACAGCAACAGCAAAGUCUACCCAUGACAAAUGGUGCUGAUGUGAAUGGCAUAAGUUCCAGUAUCAAUGCAAUAGCUGCCAUGGGUCAGUUCGAACAGAACUACAACAACGUUCCGCAAGAUUUGUGGAAAAUGCCCAUGACACUGGAAUGGGAUUGGGCAGAUAUGACCGGCGGCUUCUCGAGUUACGAGGACGGUAUAAGCACGAAUGGGGUUCUUCCGGACUUUGCAAACAACACUGGCCAUGGAACGAGUGAAUUCAACCAAAAUGCUAUGAACGGCGGACGCCGAUGAUGGGAUUUCCAAUCCAUUGUCACGCAGGAUUGCUUUUUUUAACAACUGUACAACAUACACGAUUACGUGGCCUAGGUGGGUGUCACAAGGGCACUUCAUCAUGGCCAAGGAGUUGCUUGUUCGAUCCUUUCAAGGAUUUCUACCAGCAUGCUGCAUCUUCCAACUGCAUAUAAUCUCACGGAAGCUCAUGAUACUAAAUUUAAGUACCAAAUAUACAGGUUUUGUAAUAUAUACAACACAUUAGUUGUGCUCGGCGCUUGUCCGAUGGUGGCUUAUGCGCGCGCCCACGCCUAGUGGAAACCAAGACCGGCGGUCUUCGUCGGCUCCAGACUAGGGCGUGCCACCAGGGCAUAGUUGUAAGAUCUUCAAUGUACGGUUUCGUAGCUAUGAUGCUGCAGGUUUCUUGUUCCG